UAUUUGACGAAGAAGCGGGGGACUAGAGGAUCAAGAGGCAUACAAGAAAAUUUUAUCAAACUACAUCACAAGGGUUCAAGCAAUAGCCUAGUCAUAUUGGCAUCUUUUGUGGUGCUCCGUGUUUGUGACAAAAGUUUUUCCCUGUGGAGAACCGGGAUCAUUGCUGAGAUGAUGGAUACUAGAAAGCUUUCUGAGUGUGAAUUGGAUGAUGUCUACAAGUUCUACAGAAAAGAUGCGCAGAAAAUGAUAAGGACAGUAUCCCAGUACUCAAGAGCAGCCAAUGAUGCAUAUCGAAGAGGUGAUUGUGUUUCCGGUCAUCAUUACUCAUUGAUGGCUCAAGAAGCACAAUUCGCUGCUAAUUGUCUCAACGCUAGGGCAGCCAUGGAAAUUUUCAAAUCCGUGAAUAGAACGGACGAUUUAUGGAGAUUGGAUUUGCAUGGUCUUCAUGCAAAUGAAGCCAUUCGAGCUUUGCAAUGCCGUCUGCAACAAAUUGAACUAUCAGGGCAGAGGCCAAAACCAUUAGAGGUCAUCACAGGUAGAGGUAAACACAGCCGAGGAGCUCCUGUCAUUCCAGCAGCUGUGACGAACUACCUUAAGGAAUGCAGAUACCGUUUCUAUGAAUUGCGGGCAGGAGCAAUAGCAGUUCAGCCCAAGUUUGUAGAGCUAAAGUGAAGAGAUUCUUAGCUAGCGAAACAAUUAUCUGAGCUGCUGCUAGUUGUGGAGGUUCUUGCUUGAAUAAUUUAUUCUUUGCAAAUGAUUGUUGCAUCUUUGGGAAAGCAUCAAGUCUGACUUGUGAUGAGAUUCUUCGUGUUUUUUACUGUUAUGAGAAACUGUUAGGUUGUUAACAGAGCAAAAACCCAAGUUUUCUUCGGUUCAAAUGUGCAGAAAUCCGACCAGGAUUCAUUUACAAUUCUGUUGGUUGGUCAAGAAACAAACAGUUUUGAUCGUUAUUUGGGGUUCCAGCUUUUAUUGGUCGCUCUAGAUGUGCCGCAUUUGAAGGUUUAAAAUGCCAAGUAUUGCUGGGAAGGAAGUUUUGAUAAAGUCUGUCAUACAAGCCCAUCCCUUCUUAUGUGUUUCUCCUAACUCCCUGUGAGGUUAUGUAAGGAACUCACUUAAAUGACAGCUGCUUAUUGGUGGGGGCAGAAGCAUUCAGAACUGAAGAUGCAUUGGGCUAAAUGGGACAACUUAUGUGUUUCUAAACGCAAUGGUGGAUGGGUUUCAGGGAGCUGCAAUCUUUUAAUCUUGCUAUGUUGGCUAAGCAAGGGUGGAAAUUUUUGAAUGAUCCAGACUCAAUCAUAGCAAGAAUUUGGAAGGCCAAAUACAAACCUCAGUGUUCUUUCCUUCAAGCCAAGUUGGGUCAUGCUCCAUCAUAUACUUGGUGAAGCGUAUUAGCUGGAAGGAAAAUACUGAAAUAGGGAUUGUGUUGGUGGAUUGGAAAUGGGGAGACUGAAGUUUCAAAGAUAGAUGGCUUCCUACUGCUGAAUCUCAUCGGAUACUAUCACCUGUAGUUACUUUCAUGGUGCAGACUGUUAUCUUUGUUGGAGUCUCUCAACUCUUCAUUCUGAGGCUUCUCCUUAAUAUGGACCAUGAUUAUGGGGUGAUUCUGAAAAUGCGACUCACACUGGUCUGGAUGGUGCUUCUUCAUCAAUGAACCAAGUAGUUUCUGAAAUUCCUGUUCCAGCAACCGCUACUGAUGGUGGUUCUCUGAUUGGAGCAGUUGAAAACACUGAUGACAGCUGGCUACGGAUGAUGACAGGGUACUGAGAAUGCUCUGGUUGUUUUUUGGGCUCACAUAUUACUCUGCAACGUAUUUUUAUGCAAAUGAGUUGGAAAAUUCUUCUCAGCCUGAGAUGAAGCAUCCAAAACUUGAAAAAGGAAAAAGAUCCCAAGGUUCUGUUUUUAUCCAAAACAAACUUCUUGCUAUUGCUUUUUCUCUGAAUAAGUUGGUCUUUCUGGUGGUUUUGCUUUGUAUUGGUCAGCAGACGUGGAUCUUACAGUUUCGUCUUAUUCUCAGUCUCAUGUUGAUACUGUUAUUAAUGAUGUUGGAGGUGCUUUGCGCUUUACUGGUUUUUAUGGCCAACCAGAUUCCUUAAAAUAUAAGGAAAGUUAGUCGCUGUUAAGGCAUUGCAUGGAAUUCAGUCUUUGCCAUUAUUAUGUGUAGGUGAUUGGAAAGAACACUUGGGGCCUCAUGAAGCUUUGGAGGUGCUGUUAGACCAUCAUGGCAAUUUAAAUCACUUAGGAGAGUGAUGCAGGAUUGUGCUAAGUUUGAGUUGGACUUUAGAGGCUCCCCUCUCACUUGGUGUAACAAUGAUUUUGAUUCUACAUGGACUUGUGCUCACCUUGAUAAAGCAUUGGCUUUUGCCUCUUGGAUUGAGUUGUUUCCUUCUACUGUUGUUGAGCAUGUUCCUUCAACUGGUUAAGACCACUCCGUUAUUUUUAUUCCUCUUGACUCUGGUCCUUCAGCAAUGUACAAGGAAGCAUUUUAGUUUUGAAAUGGCUUGGUUAUCUGAUCCAAGUUGUGAAGCACUAAUUGAGGAGGUGUGGACUUCUGUGAGUGUGAUGGGCAGCCCCUUGUAUAGAGUUUGCGAAUGUUUGUAGGCCUGUAGAAGACAUUGGCAGAGACUUCACUUUGGUUAUAUUUAAAAUCAAAUUAUUACAGGACAACAAGAACUUUUAUGCUAGAGAUCACUCUCCCAAUCCUGUGAUUGGUGUGCAAGCUAACACUUUAAAGAAGCAGAUUGAAGACUUUUUGGAUAAAGAAGAAACAAUGAGGUGCCAGUGCUCAAGGAUGAGAGACAAUAUGAGUAGAGCUUAUACACGUCCAACCCCAUUCAACCAGGUGUAUCCCUGAUAUUGCAGUCUCUCUCUCUCUCUCUCUCUCUCUCUCUCACACACACACACACACACGCACGCACGUGCGCACACACACACAUGUAUAACAUUUUAUAUGAAUUGUAUUUUUGUCUCGAUGAAAAUAAUCUAGUCACAGUGCAGACAAAAAAUUAAUCAUUUUACUUUACUAAUGAAUAUCUAUGUAUAAAAGAAAAAUUAUAACAGAAAAAGUAAUUAAAAUAGAUUAAUAAAGCAUAGACUUCCAUUCAAUUUAUUGGCAGAAAUCCAUGCCCCAAUUACAACAAUAACCAGAGAGACAAAAUUUCAAAAUCCACCAACGCAGGAUGAUUUCUGAGUUACAGGUGUUAGACAUGCUUUUGUCAUCUUUGCACCUGGUACCAUCACAAUGUGCUGUACUAAUGCUAUAUAUCUCGCUCCUAAUAUUCUUUUCAUCACAAGGCUGUCUGAUAUCCCAUACCACAUUCUUUGCCUUAUCCUCAAUCACCUUACUAAAUUGAAUCAAAACAACAAAACUCUAUUAAGGUUUAGCUUUAUCUCAAUCUCUUGAAGAACGAGGCCACCCUUCCAGUCACCACCUUUGACCUCCAAAAUGCUCAUUUCAAGUUCCCCAUGAUCUUCUCCUGAUCCAUUGAAGAACUCACCCAACUCAGUCUUCAGCCACCCAUCUACUCUCUCCCUGGGAUACCUGAGGCCAUCCAGCUCCUUGUUUUCUCUAGGCUGUGGCUGUGGUGCUUGAAACACCAGAAUGCUGCUGCGGUCACAGUUAAAAAACCCAAUUCACAUUGGUACUAUCUGGUAUCGCUGCCCCUGCUCUCUUUCUGCAUCCAAAUAGACAGUUUGCUUAUGAAUUUCACCUCCAACCCCAUUCAACCAGGUGUAUCCCUGAUAUUGCAGUCUCUCUCUCUCACACAUGCGCACACACACAGACAUGCAUGUAUAACAUUUUAUAUGAAUUGUAUUUUUGUCUCGAUGAAAAUAAUCUAGUCACAGUG